AUGGAGUCCUCGCGUGGCCCGCCGAGGGUCAAGAACAAGGCCGCGGCGCCUGUCCAGAUCAGCGCCGAGCAGCUUCUUCGAGAAGCCGUCGACCGACAAGAAGUUUCGAUCCAGGCCCCGACGCAGCGGUUUGCCGAUCUUGAGGAGCUUCACGAGUACCAGGGCAGGAAACGGAAGGAGUUUGAGGACUAUGUUCGGCGCAAUCGCGUCAAGCUGAGCAACUGGCUCCAGUACGCGCAAUGGGAGCUGGAGCAGAAAGAGUUUGCUCGUGCUCGAUCCGUCUUCGAGCGGUGUCUUGAUGUCCAUCCCAACGAUAUCCAAGUGUGGAUGCGAUACAUUGAAGCCGAGAUGAAGUCGAGAAACAUCAACCAUGCUCGAAAUCUCCUUGAUCGCGCCGUCACGCGGCUGCCCCGAGUCGAUAAGAUCUGGUAUAAAUACGUAUAUAUGGAGGAAAUGCUGGGCAACAUUCCCGGAACUCGACAGGUCUUUGACAGAUGGAUGCAAUGGCAGCCCAGCGAGGCGGCAUGGAGCUCAUACAUCAAGCUGGAAAAGCGUUAUGGAGAGUACGACCGAGCUCGUGAUAUCUUCCAGUCCUUUACCAUGGUCCAUCCCGAGCCCCGAAACUGGAUCAAGUGGGCUAAAUUCGAAGAAGAGUACGGCACAAGCGAUUUGGUUCGAGAGGUGUUUGGGACGGCGGUUGAAACCCUGGGCGACGAAUUUGUCGACGAGAAGUUAUUCAUUGCUUAUGCUCGGUUUGAAUCCAAGCUGAAGGAGUACGAGCGGGCGAGAGCCAUCUACAAAUAUGCCCUCGACCGCUUGCCCCGAUCAAAAUCGAGACUGCUGCACAAGGCCUAUACUACUUUUGAAAAGCAGUUUGGUGAUCAGGAUGGCGUGGAGGACGUUGUCUUGUCCAAGAGACGAGUGUUUUACGAGGAGCAAGUGCGCGAGAACCCCAAAAACUACGAUGCUUGGUUCGAUUAUGCCGGCUUGGAAGAAGCAUCCCGAGAUGCAGAUCGGAUUCGAGAUGUCUACGAGCGAGCGAUUGCUCAAGUUCCCCCGACUCAAGAGAAGCGGCACUGGCGCCGAUACAUCUAUCUCUGGAUAUUCUACGCAGUUUGGGAGGAGCUCGAGGGCCAGGAUAUCGAGCGGGCCCGACAGAUCUACACUACGUGUUUGAACAUGAUACCCCAUAAGAAAUUUACCUUUGCCAAGAUAUGGCUGCUUGCGGCGCAGUUCGAGAUUCGACAGGGCGAGCUCGGAGCGGCACGAAAACUACUGGGACGCGCCAUUGGCAUGUGCCCCAAGGACAAGAUCUUCAACGGAUACGUUGAUAUCGAGCGGAAGCUGUUUGAAUUUGUGCGCUGUCGAACACUGUACGAGAAGCAUGUCCAGUAUAACCCGACAAACUGCCAGACAUGGAUCAAAUUUGCCGAGCUGGAACGUGGCUUGGACGAUCUCGACCGCGCGAGAGCCAUCUUCGAGCUGGCCGUCAGCCAAGCGCAGCUGGAUAUGCCGGAGCUGCUCUGGAAAGCCUACAUCGACUUUGAGGAAGAAGAAGGAGAGUACGAGAGAACGCGCGAGCUGUACGAGCGGCUCCUCGAAAAGACUGGCCACGUCAAGGUCUGGAUCAGCUACGCUCACUUCGAAAUCAACAUCCCCGAGGACGACGACGCCGAGGCCGAGGGAGGAGAGCAAGAAGAGGAAGAGCAGCCCAUCAGCGAAGAGGCCAAAGCCCGCGCCCGCAAGGUCUUUGAGCGCGCGCACAAGAGCAUGCGCGACAAGGAUCUCAAGGAAGAGCGCGUCAGCCUGCUCAACGCCUGGCUGUCGUUUGAGCGCACGCACGGCACUGAGGAGGACAUUGACGCUGUGCAGCAGCAGAUGCCCCGCAGGAUCAAGCGCCGCAGAAGAGUGCAGGACGACAGCGGCGACAACGAGGACGUCUACGAGGAAUACUUUGACUACGUCUUCCCCGCGGACGACCAGCAGGCCAAGAAUCUGUCAAACAUCAUGGCCAUGGCGCAGAAGUGGAAGCAGACGGGAGGAGAUUUAUCAGGGGCCCCAUAA